ACACACACACACACACACUUAAAAGCAGAACAGCGCCAUAACUUCCUAGUAGCAGAGUGGGUGCAACACUCACCGAUCACUGAAAACGAAUGGAAGAAAUCAUGGAUUAUAACGAUGACCCCUUCAUCGACUAUAACACGACUGACUAUAAUUUCACUUUUCCUGACAUUACGGGCCCCCCUGAGAUUCAACCGAUCCAGAUAGUGGCUCUGGUCUUCUACGGCCUUGUGGUCCUGCUGGGUGUCCCUGGAAACGCUGUGGUGGUGUGGGUGACCGGGUUCUGCAUGCCCCGCUCUGUCACUUCCCUCUGGUUCCUCAACCUCGCCCUGGCAGACCUUCUGUGCUGCCUCUCCAUCCCUCUGCUCAUGGACCCCAUAGCGCACGACGACCACUGGCGCUUUGGCCCGCUGGCUUGCACCCUGGUCAAAAGCCUGUUUUACCUGGUGAUGUACUGCAGUAUUCUGCAGCUGGUUCUGAUCAGUGUGGAUCGCUGGAUGCUGGUCAGCAGACCCGUCUGGUGUCAGAACAACAGGCGACCUAAGAAGGCUGCUUGCGUGUGCGUUGCCAUCUGGUGCCUGGCCCUGAUAGGCAGCAUCCCUCAGUUCGUCUACACCAAGGAGAUCACAGCAGGUGACCACAAGCGAGAGUGCGUGACAGUGUUCUCUCUGCGCAGCGCCUGGGUCGUCACCUCCUACCGCUUCCUGGUGGGAUUCUUCCUCCCGUUCCUGGUGAUCGUCGUCUGUCACUUGGUGGUGUACCGGAGAGCAGAGAGCGGACUCUCACGCGGUCGGCCCCGCUCCAAGCGCACCCUGAGGGUCAUCAUCGGUGUGGUGCUGAGCUUCUUCCUGUGCUGGCUCCCACUUCACAUUGUGGACUUUCUCAACUUGGUAACCCCUAGAAACUCGCACCACAGCCCCAGUGUCUACCUGGCGCAAGUUUUAACGCUCUGCCUGGCAUACUUCAACAGCUGCCUUAACCCGCUGCUCUAUGUGUGCCUGGGCCGGGGAUUCAAAGACAGCAUGAGCCGCUCCCUGCGCAACGUGCUCCACUUCAUCAGCGAGGAUCCCAUGACCAGAGUGAGCAUCACUAAUAACGACACCAAGAGCACCAGCAACGAGACUGCUAAAGUCUGAGGGUGUGUGCACUUUGAUGUUAUUAUAGAAGUGUUGUUAUUUCCAAAAGCCACUUAUGGCUGAGGUUUCCCACACGUUGAUUUAGUUUAUAUAGGGCGUGAGCUCACUUACUGCUCUGAACAUGGACUUUAUAACCACUGGGGUUCACCAUAAACUGGAAUCAAUGUUUAAAAUCAAUCGUUGACACAUGGUCAAAUAAUGUCAGUCUGAAAAACACAUUUUAGCUUUUAAAGUGUGAACACACAAUGAUCUUUUCUUUCUGCUGAGGCAGUUGGGUGGUGUUAUCAAGACUGACUCAGGUUUGCAAUCCAGGAACUAUUAGCCAAUCUGCAGUAUUUCCUUUUACCAUCUGUGUUGCAUACAACAAAAUGAUCAACACUUCUGUUUUUGAGGCCAUGCAUGUGAAUGACCUCAGACCGUGUUUCUGUUACAGAUGCAAAUGUACAAAUUGUCUUAUUUCUGUAUUACCUAUGUGUGUGUGUGUGUGUGUGUGUGUGCUGCAGCUCAAGUUUGAAGAAAUUUCUAUUAUUUUAUAUAACAGUUAUUGUAACUUAUAUCUGAUUACCGCAUGUACCAGUAGCAUUCCCAUAGUGGUUACAAAAAGACACAACUUGUGUAAUAGUACUCUGCAUGGACCACAUGAGGGAGCCACACUCUAAUGUCUGAUGGCCCAUGAGCAUGUACAUGGUGAGCUCCUAGUCAGAGACCCUUUGGUUUAAUGUUAGGCACCCUGAAGACAAUAGAUUAGAGAGGAGAUUGGACAGGUAACAUGAGCUUUGGCUAUGUUUGGAGAUUUCUCAAAUAUAUGCAAUUCAGACAAAUACAGAAGAAAUGUAAAUUCAUAAUAAUUGUCGAACACUUGCCUAAUGCAUGACUAAUGUAUAUUAAUUUAUGGUGUUUUAGACAGAUUGUCUUGUUGUACCACCGCCACAAAAUUUAAGAAUAAACAAAACAAUUAAAAUGUGUUAAAAUUAUUGUACCAUAAUUAAGAGCAAAAUUGCCUUUAUUUACAGACUACAUUCAUUCCAAACAAGGCCACAUGAUGGUAUAUACAGAAACAUACAUAUUUACAAGAGUGUCUGAGUCUCUGUCCCUGUGUUUCAAUGAAUCCGUGCACUUACACAUUAUAUAUGUGCAUGCAUGCAUGUACACUGGUCCCUUACUAUGGCCUCUACUAAACCCAUUCCUGACUCACAGACAUCUGUUUAUGCUCAUUGGUCCCUAAAGCAGCUGGCAGAAGAAGAGAGGUAAUGGACGGUUCACUUCAGUGUGAAUCCACAGUUUACAAAGAGGCAGAGCUGAGUGUAUUGGACGACAAAGAUAAAGGGACUUUCCCUGCUUAGAGAUUCACAAUCAGCCCAUGAAUGUAGAGACUGUAGGAAAAACAAAUCUAAAGAUAGAUUUGUACCAUUAGACGUUUGUUCGCUCCUGCACAAAUUAGUUUUCUAUAGGAUGCUGGCUAAGUGCAGGGCAAAUCCAUCCUUAAAAGCUUCAGGUCUUACCACACACUAACAUUUUAGAAAUGCUUUAUUUUAUGGGUCUGUAAUUUCCAGAUAAUGUCCUAAGCAUUUCUAAAUCAUUUCCAAGAAGUUUCCUGGAAUGAACUAUGUAAUUUGGUACUGAUUUGUAGGAAAAUAGAGCCAGCGUUCAAAUGGUACACUCCAGUUCAUUCCAAUUAAUUGGUAGCAUAACCUAGCAAGGCUUUAGCUAACCAUGCAAAAUGUGAAAGUUUGAGCAUGAAGUUUCCAAUAAUAGUUGGGUUUAAAUGGAGCUGUUCUUUCAAAGAAAUUCCUGUUUUCCCCAUGAUUAGUAGAAAAUUACAUAGUUCUUUCCAGGAAACUUGGAAACAUGGGAAGUGAUUUGGAAAUUGUAUUUGGACCCAUCAAAUACAGCAACAUUUCUUAGAAAUGUCAGUGCCAUAAAUCGCUUUAGUCUCAUUUGUAGAGCUUUGGUGUUUGGCAAGACUUCACUUUUGACAGUGUACCCAUUCGCUGUGUGGAAUUGGAUUUGGCCAACUCGACACUGUAGGAAUUAAUUAACCAUACAUCUGUGAUUAAUUAACUAUAAGACCAACACACAUCAAGAAAAAACUGUCAGGAAAUCCAGUCACUUAGCUUCAAUGUGGUCCAUGUCAACAGUGUAACUUUGCAUCACAUCAAUUAUCACCAAUUAGAAAAGGAUAAUGCCCAUUAGUCUAGUGUCUGAUGGUUGUCAGCUACAAGAUAAAUUAAACCAGAUACUACAGACGGAUGAUAUCCAGCAGAUCUUUAAUCAUGUCCAUUAAUGUAAUUUCCUCUUACUAAGAACAUACUGUAAUUAGAGGUAGGUUGAGUAUAAAGACUGGAUUGGCUAGUUAAGAUAAGAUGACCAAAAGUAGCAGCCACAAUGUUGCUCUGACGACGGCUUUACAACACAGUAGUAACGGUUACAGGUAGUACUACCUCAUACAGUAGUCAUUACUUUGAGGGACCCUGAGCGGAAUCUGAGGAUCUUCUUUUUGAGAGCGUGGGAGGCUUUGAUCUUAACAAAGGCUUUUGGUUGAGAGGGAGCAUUGGCAGUGGCCUGUGGUGAAGGUGAGGAUGAGGAAGAGGUAGAAGCAAGGCGUGGUGGCAGCUGCUGUGGCCACACCAGCCCCCCACUCUCAUCUGAGUCACUGGACAGUGAGCUGGAGGCCGGGGAAUACACCUCACUCAUGCUGGACUCGGACUCUGCGGGGGCGGCACCAGCGUAACCUUCCUCUCCCUGACAGAGAGGCGCUCUCUCCUGAAAGUCUGGGUGCCAGCGCUGGGUGUGCUGUUGGUGGUGGUAGUUAUGGGGUUGGGAAUGGGGACAAGAAUGACCGUGACGAUUUUUUCGGGGGGGUCGUCUCUGUGCCUGCGCGGUUAGGGGUUCCCCUUCAUCCUGGCUGAGCUCCAGGUUGGAGCACCAACGUCGGCUCCCAUUGUGGCUGUUGUUGGCCACCUGUGGUCCAGUGACUUGGCCUUGGUUCUGAGCAAGAUCCCCUCUGCCUUGGUGCCUCUCUGUGGUGCUGUACCUGCGCUCUGGCAAUACUCGCUGGCCCAGGAGGCUGUUUUCAGACUGGGACCGACUGGUUUUACUGCUUGAUUUCUUGGCUUUCUGACGCUCGUUGUGGCUCUUCUUAGAGGUUCUGGGCUUGGAGUUCGGGUGGUCAGGAGAAGAGAUAGCUCGGUUGGGCUUAGGCUGCUCCGGGUUGUAGUGUCUCGGGGAGCGCACAGGGGCAUGGCAGCCUUGUCCAGGGAUAUACUGAGCACUUACUAAAUUGUGUUUGUGAUGAAUAGGGGGUUGUGGAUGUAAGUAAUGCUGGGGGGAUGGGGGUUCACAACAAAGGUCAAGAGCCCCAACACCACAGUUAGGGUCCAGGGAGGGCAGAGGUGAUGGUAGCCUCUCUGCCAGAGAGUGUGGCCUGGGUUGGGGGUAGGGCAGAGCCAGAUAACAGUCCUCUUCCAAAGAUGGGGCCUCUCCUCCACAGGCCUCCCCUUCCAGCAGGUCACAACCCCAGCCCUGGCUCUUAGGGUUUGCUGAAAGGUCAACGUGGGGCUGGAGAUGGGGGUCAGGAUGGCGCUGCUCUGUGGUCAGAGAAUGAGUUCUCCUGUGUAGGGAGCUGUGUCCAGAGGCACUGCAGUACGGGGGGUCGGGGCUCAGGGUUGUGCGAGGCUGACACGGCCGGGGUGGGAGGUUGUGGCGCUGGAUGAGACUUAGGAUGUAACCUUCUACCCUCAAGGCCUGCUGGUAGUCCUCCUCAGUGAUCAGAUCCUCUGCCUGCUGCUGCCAGGCUUGGUUGGCUCCAUUGGGGUCCCAUUGCCAGGAGUCCACUGCUAUACCCUCUUCAGCAAUGCCCUCCAGAGGUGGGUAAGGGGCAGAGAAAGAGCGAGGCAGGGUGGUGCGUAGGCAUGGCACAUCCAGUUCUCCAUUCAGCAUGAGGGGGUCACCUAGUAAUAGCAAACAAUACUGUUACAGGCAUUAUUAAAAUACUGCAAACAAAGAAAAAACCUAAAUCUAAGUAAUAAUCCAUGAUGUAGUGUCCUUAAAUAGCAAAGUAAUGGACAAGAAAACUUGUUAAAGAGAUGGUUAUUAUCAGUAUUGGCGCAUCUAAAUCUUAAAUCUUAAUUUCACUUCUACUGUAUGUAUUGGUGCUGCUUUAAACAAAUGUUUUCAUUUAACGGAAUAUUAACACUUAUAAAACAAUUUGGGCUUUGAACUACCAAUAUAGUAGCAGCGAGACAAAAAUUACUCCAUGCUUCAAAGCAAAUCUUUUAAAAAAAGUGUGCAUCUCUGUUUUUUAAUGUCUAUGGGUUAGUGGCAAGACAAUAGAUCCCAGAGAAGAAUAACAAAUCUGUCCUCUUUUGAUUUUAAUUUUUGAAAAAGGAAAAGAAUAUAAUCUCUGAUUCAGAUAGCUUAUAAUGUGUUAUAAUGUUAAAUUAGUGAUUUUUCACUCACACAUAGAACAAGAAUGUUUUUGUGUAUGUUGCUACUUCUGAGGAUGAAUGUGUGUGAGAAAUGGAAGUGUACCUCUACUUUUUCUUACCCACAGACUUUGGCCUGUCGUUGGUGGAAGCCCAGGAAGAGAGUGUUUCUGCAGGCUCAGUGGAACAAGAUCUUGCUUUUGGCGAGUGACCCUCACUCAACUCAUAGAAACCUAGGAAAUACGAUUAUAGAGGAAGAGGAGAUGACUAUCUCAUUUGUCAUAGCUCAGUGAUCAUUCCAGUUCUCUAAUAAUAUGCUGCUGGAUGCAGGCAGUGUCUCACCGUAUUUCUCAAAUAGGUCACAAAACAAAAUUACAAGCAACUGGAGCAUGAAUGAACAAUAAGAGCAGAAAUAAAUUACAAACUCAUUAUAGGAUAUGUCAAAAAGCAAAGUCAAAAAUAUGAGUUUGUAUGUAUAGAGCAAAUAUCUGUUAUCUGCUCACUGGCUCCAUAGAAAGAAUAAACGAAAGAAACAAAAGAAAAUUAAGAUCUGCACAUUUAGAAAACUCUUAACUGCAUGCAUGUCAGAGCUGAGAUCAAAGAAAAGGUUUAAUACUAUGGACGUACCAGAACUUGGCUGACUGUUGCCCGUGUCUCCUUGAGCUCCAUCAUAGCAGUCAUCGUCGGUGUCGAUCCUCAGCUCUCCCACCUGCUGUUCCAGCGCCUGCAUCAGGCCCCAUGGGGAACUCUGAAGGGCACUCUGAAACACAAAUAAACACACUCAGACUGUU